GCACGGCGCACAGCAGCGUAUAUGGGACUCAGCUCGGCUGGUGCGCGCUCCGACAGACAGUUUGACGUGCGGUCUCCUCCAAGUUAAGAGUGCGAGAUCAUCUGCGACUUCAUCUACUUUCACUGCACCGAAAAAAAGGGUUCAAAAGGUUCAUCAUGGGAAACAGGUUCAGCAGAAGGCGAGAUGCCCCAGCCGACAGUGCUGAAGCUGCUACCACCGAACAGGAGACUGCAGAGGAGCCAGCGGCUACACAACAAGCAGAAGACGCUGGGAUAACGCAGACCGUGGAGACAGAGAACCUAGAUGUGGUGGUGGGGGAGUCAGUGACGCCAGUGGCCUGUUUACCCCGUGAAGAAUGUGUAUCAGAGUGUAAAGAGGUAGAGGCUCCUGCUGCCCCAGCCCCACUAAAUGAUGCUGAACCAGAGCCUGUGACCAAGGAAACCCCAGCUGCAGUCCAAGCUGAGCCUCUGGUUUCAGUCAGUGAACCAGAACCGGUUGCAAAACCAGAACCGGUUGCAAAACCAGAACCGGUUGCAGAACCCGCUCCAGAACCUGUUGCAGAACCCGUUCCAGAACCUGUUGCAGAGCCAGAACCCGUUGUAGAGCCAGAACCCGUUGCAGAACCAGAACCUGUUGUAGAGCCAGAACCUGUCGCAGAGCCAGAACCCGUUGCAGAACCAGAACCCAUUGCUGAAGCUCAGGUUACACCAGAGCCAGCUCCAGAGCCUGUUCCCGAACCCGAGCCUACCUCAGUCCCAGAUGUAGAAGUUGAGGCAGUCCCUGAGCCCAUCCCAGAGUCAAUACCAGCCCCAGCUGAAGCUCUGGAGCAGCAGACAGACAUGCUUACCCAAGAGUCCCUCCCUGAGCCAGUGAUUUCCUCACUCCCUUUGAUUGACCUGGGUGUCCCUGAUGCAACUUCCCAACCUGUUAACACUCCUCCCUCCCCAGCUCCAAUCCCUGCCCCAGACAGUGCAGACGAGCCCUCAGACAUCCUGGUGACUGAGGAGUGCCGAGACAGUGCUGAGGUUUCUGUGAUUUCCACACUUCAGCCGGAGAAGUCUGAGGAAACAUCAGAAUCUCUGGAAAAGCCGAUGGAGGUGGAGGCUGCAGGGAGUUUGGAGCAGCUAGUGAGUGACGUCAACGAGGAAAGUGUCAGCGAACUUCUACAGAACUUAGAGCUGAAAGGAAAUGACCUUGUCGCUGACCUCAUUCCCAAUGAUGUCAAGAUCCCCGAUGACACUCCCAUCACAGACAUGAGCAUUUCCACUGACCUGAUGUGAAUUCAAGGAGGAUUUAUGAUAUAAGUGAAUGGAUAUAUUUCUGUGAAACCCUCUUAACCCUUUACAUGAAAUCUGAAAGAAUCACAGAUGCAAUGUAUUUUUUAUACCUUCAGAGGUGUAAUAAAGGCAAACAGUUAUUUUUCUUUCUAAAUGAACCCAUGUGCCAAAUGAAUUCUGGAAAAAACGGAUGUUUUGUCACACAAAAAAGUCAUUCAUAUAUGUUUUUGAUACAUUUAUACUACCUGCAGGUGUGUGGGUGAGGGGUAAAGGGGCUCAAACACCACAGGGGACAUGAGUGUACUUGAGUGUAUUGUUGGACAACAGAGAUCUUUCUCUAUGCAAUUUCAACAAGAUUCAAACAAGAAUUUAAACAUAUUUCUUGUAGGGACUUGAAGAAAAAGGUGGCAUUGCUAUAUAACAACCCUAUACAAGGGAUGUGUGAUUAUUUUUUUCUUCUUUAUGUUGAUCAAGUACAGAGAGAAAAGUACAAAUCUUUUUAGGUGGAUGGGAAAUGACAGGCAAGGGACAACAGCAAUGCAACCAAAGAUGGAGAUAGUAUGUGCAUACCGCUAUAUGGCAGGAUACAAGAGUCCAAAAACAUUUAUGUCCUAACAUAGUCAUGUUUGGAUCUUGCAGUAUUCCUCUAACAGGUGUGAUCAUCAUUUUAUUGUCUUUUCAAUACAAUAAUGUGAUUUGUUUUAACCCAAGUAGUGGCUUGCUUGUGAAAAUAAAAAUAUUAUUCCACA